UUAGUCUGCAUGAAACUUUCCAUGAGAAAUUUGGUGAACAAAAGGCUAUGAUUAUUUUUGCCUUAUAUAAUCCUUCUGUGUCUCUGAGUGCAAACUCUAUUUACUUAAUAUCCAGGCUGAUGCAACCGGGGCAAAAGCAUAAACAGAAUCUCUCCUUCUCUGUCUUUAUUCUUUGCUCUGGCAAUGUGGCAGCGAAAGAAAGGCUUUGGUAGGAAUCAGCCCUCUUGUGAGCUUUUGCACAGAUCUGCUACAAGUCAUGUUCACAAAGCAACAGGUGGAUUUACGUGUUGUGUUGAUACUGUGGAACUGACCGCGUUCCUCUUCUGAUGUGAUGUUUCUCUCUCUCUCUCGUUCCCCCUGCUACUCCUUCAAUUUUCACAUGAAGCUUUCUCUCAAGCUGGGUGCGACACCAGAGGAUUUCAGCAACCUCCCACCCGAACAGAGAAGGAAAAGGCUGCAGCAGAAAGUCGAUGAAUUAAAUAAAGAGAUGCAAAAGGAGAUGGAUCAAAGAGAUGCCAUAACAAAAAUGAAAGACGUUUACCUAAAGAAUCCUCAGAUGGGAGACCCAGCCAGUUUGGACCACAAAUUAACAGAAGUCAACCAAAAUAUAGAAAAGCUUCGACUAGAGGCUCAGAAAUUUGAGGUAUGAAAAAGCUGCUGCUGA